CCGACCCUCAAGCUCCAGUGUGAAGAGAAGUCCUCAAGCUUCUGCUGCUGCCCACUGGCCACGAAUCUGUUGUAACUUACACGGACCCAUAUCCAUCUAUUUUACAGCACAAACAGGAAGAAUGUCAAAAGAGGCGCGCAGACUGAGUGUGCUCAUAUCGGUGAGUCCUUGAGAAGCUGUCAAAAGGACAGCCUGGACCGUUCAACGGCCAGCCUCAAAGAAGAACGUCAAGAUUUCCGUAUUUGCUGAUACACAGGUGAAGACGGACAUAGUGCGACUGUGCGAAGGUAGCGCCAUGAACAUGAAUGGGAUGCGGGGUGCCGACGCCAGGACCUGUUCCCGCACUCGUUCGAAGUCGUUCAGAUCGUGGACGGCCCUUACAUUGCCCUCAAUUUUUCCCAUCGACGCUUCCACAGCCGACGACGUAUUUAAUAAAACGUUUCACCUGCGAGGCCGGCUAGGCGGGAGGAGCAGAUUUUUUUUCUGCGUGCGAAAAUAUGGAGGCGACGAACAUGGGCGCAAAGCUGCGUACAGAGGCACCGGGCUCGGCUGAGGAG